GUCAGAGUAAACUGUUCCAAAACAGGCAGCGUCUCAGGGCUGUGAAGCGAACAUGACCAGUGGCAUCUGUGCAUUUGCCCUGUCUUUCCUCCUUGGUUUCUCACUGAGUGUGGAAAUGACCGGGUUAUACGGCAGCUUCGCCUCCCCUGGAUUCCCGCAGCCAUACCCCAACAACCAGCUCGUGGUGUGGAACAUAACCGCUCCGCACGGCCACCGCAUCAAGCUCUACUUCACCCACUUCAGCUUGGAGCCCUCCAAUCAGUGUGAGUACGACCACAUCCAGGUUUUGGCGGAAGGGAAUGAAACCCUGCGGUUCUGCGGCGAGGAGGAGAAGAACCACGAGAGCACCCCCAGGAACACCAUCAUCAUGUCAGCCGGGAACGUCAUGUCGGUGGUGUUUAGGAGUGACUACUCUAACGAAGGCCGAUUCACUGGCUUCCAAGCGUUUUACACCUCAGAAGAUAUCAACGAGUGCCUAUUCAGGGUAGAUGGCGAGCGAGUGUGUGACCAUUUCUGCCACAAUUACAUUGGCGGCUAUUACUGCACGUGCAAGCAGGGACACCUUCUCCAUGACAACAAGAGAUCCUGCACAGUGCCCUGCAAAAGCCAGGUGUUGACGUCAGAAUCUGGAGCUCUCACUAGUCCUGGCUACCCAAACCCCUAUCCACCCAUGAGCCAGUGCGAUCACACCAUCAGUCUGCCAGAGGGCUCCAGAAUCAUUCUCCACUUUUUGGAACCUUUUGACAUUGAGGGACACCCUGAAGCCCCCUGUCCAUAUGAUAUGCUCAAGAUUUCAACAACUGGACAAGAGUAUGGGCCGUUCUGUGGCUUGACACCACCAGACUCUAUUGAUACCGGAAGUUACCAAGUGCAUGUGGUGUUCAGGUCUGACUCUACUGGGAAAAACAAGGGGUGGAAGAUCAAAUACACCAGCACCAAAGCUGAAUAGCUAUCAUAACUUCAAAACUGAUGGCUUCCUGUCUGGAUAUUUUCCUCUGCAAGUUUUAAGAUGUUUUUUUUAUUUUUUUAUUUUGCUAUUAAUAAUUAUAACAGUCUUUAAGUUUUGUUCUUUUUUUCUGACUUUUUGAACCACUACAAUGACAAUUAAAUGCACGUCACCUGCAAUUUCAAUUACACCUCUUAAUUUUUACUUUUUAGUAAAAAUUUGAGUAGUACGCAAUUGUUUUGAAAAAGUGGAAGCUCAGUUAUUUUGGGAGUUUAAAAAAUAUUAAGGUGGUCAUGCAUUUGUGUUCAACCCAGUUUUAUGUACAAUUACAGAAGAGCCCUUUAUUUACAGUCAAGUGAGUUUUAAAGGUAUUUAUUCUGAGUUCGGCUGUUCUGUUCAGGCUACCGAAGACCAGGAAACAGCACAUAGGACUGGACUAAAGUUGUGGAGAAGUUUAAAGAAAUGUUAGGUGACAAAAAGAAUUCUGAGUGUCCGAUCCAUCAGCCAUGUAUGCCCAUAGAUCAGGGAUUUUCACCUACAAGGAAAAGGCAAAACAAGUAUUUACCUGAAAAACAGCCAAUAAAUAAAAAACGCAAU